AACGUGUACAAAGGAUUGUGGGUGAUUGGAGGAGGCGGAGGAUACACUGAUGCAUCCUUCAAAAGGAUGAAGGCCACGAAACGAAGGUUGCCUUCCAAGGAUCCUUGAAAUCGAGACAUCCUUUGAUGACGCUUGAUGGUGUGGUAGCCGAGAUAUACAGUCUUACUAGGACGCAGCGACCUUCUCAUUGUCUCUCUCUAUCUCUCUCUGUCUCUGUUUAUCCGCUCAGUCACCAGCAGCGCAUCAUCUUUCAACAUGUCACAUGUGAAGCCUCAACCAGCCGUUUUGAACAAUAAGCCAAAAAAUACCUUCAAGGAGCGGCAUGGUCUUCAGGAUAUUGCCCAACUUGUGCAGAGCGUGGAGGAGACUCCAGAGCCCAUCCCUACCACCGUCAAAGGCACAAUACCUACAUGGAUCCAUGGAAAUCUUCUUCGCAAUGGCCCUGGAAAGUUUGAGUUCGGAAAUCAACACUUCAAUCACUGGUUUGAUGGAAUGGCCAUGAUGCACUGCUUUCAUAUUGCUGAAGGUCAGGUGACCUACUGGAGUCGCUUCCUGCGCAGUGACUCCUACAAGCAGAACAGUGAGAUGAAUCGAAUCGUGAUAUCUGAGUUUGGCACUCUUGCUCUCCCCGACCCAUGCAAGAAUAUCUUUCAGCGCUUCCUAUCCCGUUUUGAGAGGAUGAAGCCCACAGACAACGCUAAUGUGAGCUUUGUGAAAUACAAAGGUGACUACUAUGUCAGCACGGAGACAAACUUUAUGCACAAAAUUGAUCCGGACACUCUAGAAACAAAAGAGAAGGUGGACUGGACUAAGUUCAUUGCUGUUAAUGGUGCAACUGCCCACCCCCAUAUUGACCCAGACGGUACGGUCUACAACAUGGGCAACUCCUACGGCAGGAAAGGAGCUUUAUACAACAUUAUCAGAGUGCCUCCAAAGAGUGAAGACCCUGAUGAAACACUGCAUGGGGCGAAUGUGCUAUGCUCUAUUUCUCCUGCUGAAAAAAACAAGCCUUCCUAUUACCAUAGCUUUGCCAUGUCAGAGAACUAUGUGGUGUUCAUUGAACAGCCCAUAAAGAUGGAUCUGCUUAAGAUAGUGACAUCUAGGAUGAGAGGGAAAGGCAUAAAUGACUGUAUCUACUGGGACGCAAAACAAGAGACUGUCUUCCAUGUUAUAAACAAACAUACUGGAAAGGUGAAUCCAGUGAAGUACCACACCAAGGCUCUAUCCACCUUCCAUCAGAUCAACGCAUUUGAGGAGGAUGGCUUCCUCAUAGUGGAUAUGUGCUGCUCAGAUGAUGGCCAGGCCCUUAAUAUCUACUUUCUUCAGAACCUACGCAAGUCAGGAGAAGCACUGGAUGAGGUAUACAACAGCUUAUCUAUGUCAUUGCCCCGCCGCUUUGUUCUGCCUCUGUGCAUUACCAAUGAUACUCCACUGAACCAGAACCUCAACACACGGCCCAACAGCACUGCUUCUGCGGUCUGCCUCAGCAAAGAUAAGGUGUUCUGCAUGUCUGAAGAUCUGCAUGACAAUGAACUGCUGGAUUAUGGUGGUUUGGACUUCCCUCACAUUCACUACGACAGGUACAACACCAAACCAUACCGCUAUUUCUAUGGCUGUGGCUUUGGCCACCUUGUGGGAGACUCGCUGAUCAAGAUGGACCUGGAGAGUAAAAAGCUCAAGGCAUGGUACCAGCCAGGCUUCUAUCCAUCUGAGCCCGUGUUUGUCCCCUCACCUAAUGCAGAGGAAGAGGAUGAUGGAGCCAUCCUAUCUGUUGUCCUCACACCCACUAAGGAUAAAGGCACAUUCCUGCUGGUUCUGGAUGCUAAGACGUUUGGGGAACUGGGAAGAGCUGAAGUGCCUGUUAACAUUCCAUACGGCUUCCACGGAACCUUUAACUCCUCAGUAUAGAACAACUCUUAAUCUAAUGCGUUGGCACAACAAGAAGGCCCAACUCUGGCCAAGUUUAUAAGUCACUUCAAUUAAAAGAGAUUUUUUUUUGCUAUUGGCUAGCAUGGUUUGUGUCCAUAAUUCUAACUGGGCCACAUCAGCAUUUUUGUCAGAUUGACACAAUCACUGUUCCAGUUCAUCCCAAAGGUGUUCAGUGGGGUUGUGGUCAGGAUUCUAUUGGGCCUGCUUUGUGCACAUGGGCAUUGUCAUAGUGGGCCAGGUUUAAGCCCCUUAAUUCCAGUGUGCUACAGGUCUAGCUAGUGUGAUAAUGCUAAGCAGUAUUGUACAAGGGACGAAUUUCAGUAUAUUGUUUUGAAAGUUCACGCAGGCUGAAUGAAACGAGGCAACGGGCCUUUAGUUUGACACGUGCCUUGGAGGGUAGGGGCACUGAGAAUCAAUACAAAGUUACAAAAUCAAAGUUACUCUCACUGAUGACCUUUAUCCUAUGAUGAAACAUUUUUUGGCAGUGGUCUUUUCCAGAAUUAUUCCACUACAGUCCACAGGGCAUGAGAACUCACUAAAUUCUGAUGAUUAUGAAAAUAUUGUAAAUAAUAUGCUACGGUCAUUGCUGUUACUAGAUACCAACCCAACUGACCACCUACGGUAGAUUUGGGACUGAAAUAUUACACAUCAAGAAAUAUUGAAAUAUUAGAGUCUUCUUCCAUAAACGUUAAAUAAACAUUCUGCUUUCACAAAUUCCUGCCACACAGUCUUGUGUGUAUCUUAUUUCUUGCGCUCACAUGGAAGAAGAAAAAGAAAAAAGAUGCAGUAGAAUGUGGCUAUUAUAUUAUAUGAAUAAAAACCCAUGUUAAUUUUAAUCAGUAUGCUGUUUGAUAACAUCAUGAACUGGUGCCUAGUGCCAUCUGCUGGCAGUUCUGUAUCUGUAACUUCUAAAAAGUAUUCUGCACAUCUUCUAUUAUGCAAGAACAGAAAAUAUGCUAAAGCAGUGGGAGCAUUGACAAAGAAAAGUUUUUUUUAAUUUUUUUUUUUGCUUGCCCAAUUUUUUUUUACCCCAGAGUGGUCCCAUGAAAUUUUAUGUUUUUUAAUUUGGCAGUGAACAAGUUAACAAGUAAAGACUAAAUCAACAUGCAAUAUGUUAAUCUGGAAUAGUUUAGAUUUAGAAUUUUAAAAAAUAGUUUUAGAUUUCUUAGACUUUGAAAGUCUUUGGGGGUAAACUUGCAGACAGUCUUUUACACAUAGAAGUGUCAAUGUGGUUCCCCUCAGUUUUAUUGGCCGUAGUUGAUAGUCAGGCUGUCAAGAAACUGUUUUAGGUAUAUUAACAUGAAGUGGGUCCUAACUUUGAAUUAUCUGCAACAACUUUGUGGCAAAAAAGAAAAAAAAAAAAAAAAAAUUGGGCCUUUUUGCCCCCGAGUGUAAGACAAACAUCAGGAUACACAUUAUACUGAAAGUUUGAGAUCUCGUCCACUAGUCGGCAGUCCGCCUUCACAGCAGCUAGAUGUGGAUUAUUGUGAUGAGAUUCACCCCACUGGUUAAAAUGCAACCACUUCGGACUCUGGUAGUCACUUUGCAGGUUUCCUCCCACCCCCCAAAACCAUGCCAGUAGCUGGAUUGGGUAAGAUAAACUACCCCCAGGUGUGAAUGUGUCUGCAUGGUGCCCUGCGAUGGGUAUAUUACCACCUCGCACCCAGUGUUCCUGAGAUAGGUUCCAGAUCCUCUGCAGCCCUGAACAUGAUAAAGUGGUUACUGAAGAAGAAUGAAUGUCUGGUUCUGCACUGUCACAGUGGGCCCUAGCACAGGUAUAUGUCUGCUGAUGUGCACUCAUCAGGCAUUUGGAUUUGGUUAUGGUGAAUCAAAUGUCUUCCCCUACGCGACGCUAUCAUCUGACUGGCUCCCCGGCGUCACCAUACUGCACCUGUCAUGCACCAAAUAAAUGAAGUAGAGCUAUCCGUUGAAAUUGAUAGCACAUGGUGUGGAGAGGUUGCAAAUGGACACAUACUGCGUACUGUCUGUUUUUCAUUUAUGAUUACCACUUAAGUGCAUAAGUGAAUCAUAAACUCUAUAGAAAUUUAGUGAAGUUGCACAAACCUUACUUUCUACAUGCUGUAAACUUUAUUUAAAAUUAUAAUCUAAAAGAUGUCAUGAUUAUGCAGUGUGAAAUGACAUAGCAAAGUGUUUGUACAGUAGUAGUACUUAUGAAUAACCUUGUCCCACUGUCUAGUGUCAUGUUUUUAUUGAGGUGAGUUGUAAUUACAGCUGGCUUUAUUUCAUACUUCAUAACAUUAACACAAUGUUUUAUAAUGUUUACACAAUCUUUACACAAUGUUUGUCUUAGCCAAUGGUCUCAGUGCAAGCACUCACACCACCAAGGUGAGCAAAUCACAGUGCUCCAGUCCAAUGAAAGUUUGAUUUUAUAUAUUAAUAACCAUAACAACCCUUUCCCUGGCAUUGCAAAAACAGAAACAGAUAACAUGACAAAUUGAACCAAUCAUGUUACUCGGCAUGCGGCACCAUGGGUAAAAAGCUUCCACACAUGGACCCUGCUUCAAUUGCAGAAAAACCCAGAACACUGUUUUGGGUCUUAAAUGAAAAACGCAAGUGUAAAAACAACCAUAGAAAAUGGCAUAACCUAAUUUUAUCUGACCUGGCAGAAAUGGACAUCUGCAAAAUAGAAUAUUUCUCAAUGACACAUUUCUCCAAGCCAAAGUCAAUGUUCAGAAAACAUUCUCAAAACUCCGGACUUCUGGUAGUUCCCAGAAUAUCAAAGUCUACAAAUGGGGGUAGAACGUUUUCGUAUUUAGCUCCUAAACUUUGGAAUAGCCUUCCUGACAGUGUUCGGGUUCCCAGUUCAAACAUAGAUUAAAGACAUAUAUCUUUAGCCAGGCAUACACUUAAUACAUACCAUAACCUUGUACUUCAGUACAUCUGAUUAAUUGCACAUUAUGAUCUAGUGCUUGCUAAUAUUAUGAAAAGCAGCUACGCUAAUUCCUUUCCACUUGUUUCCCUUCUUCUACCCAUCCCGAGGCGCAUAGAGAUUGUGCCAGCUCCGGUAGACAGAGGCCAACCCUACGAGGAUCCUGAGGCAUCCAGAGAUGGACCAGCUCCAGCUGGUUUCUGCCUCGUGAGGACUUGGGUAUUUAAAGCAUCGCUGCCAACCCUAUGUAGACUUUGAGGAAGACAGCAACCUCCAAAUGAAUAUACACAUAAAAUUCUACAUGACUAUACAUAAAUGCAGAAAGGACAUUGUUCAUAUCACACUCUCCAGUGUCACCCAAAUGAGGAUGGGUUCCCUUUUGAGUCUGGUUCCUCUCAAGGUUUCUUCCUCAUAUCAUCUAAGGGAGUUUUUCCUUGCCACAGUCGCCUCAGUCGCCUCACUAGGGAUAAUUUUGUCUAACAUCUAGGACUGUUUGCAUGUUUUUGUUUCUGUUUGCAUGUUUUUUUGUUUCUUAUGUUCUGUAAAGCUGCUUUGAGACAAUGUUCAUUGUUAAAAGCGCUAUACAAAUAAAAUUGAAUUGAAUUGAAUAAAACAAUUAACACAGCCAUCAAAACACUCUCCAAAUUUUGCAGACUAGUGCAAUUCUGCUGCAAAAUGACAUACUGAUUUCUUCCCAGAUAGAAUUUUUUAUAUAAACCAAAUAUUGAUUUCAAAACUAUGGAUCUGUCAUCUUUUGUUUAAAUAAUCUACACAACUAUAAUUAACUAGGAACAUAAAUAAAAUUGUUUUUUUCCACA